AUGGCAAUAAUCAAUCAAGAAAGAAAGCAAGUUCGUUUACAGCAAUUCCAUGAAUUCUGCGUCUGCGACGCGCGCCCUGCGAGUCAGCCACAUGGCCUUGGAGGGGAUCCCACGAGUCAGGCAGGCCGCAGUCCAGCCCGGAGAUCUUCCGUCACAGUCACAGUGACGGGUUCUCACUCACUCACAUGUGAGGAUUACUGUUCCACAGAGUUGCUUCGACCUAUCAGUGUUAAUGAUGAUAAUCAGGGUGUAUCAUUCUUCAUGUCUGUUCCACUUGUACUCAGCUCAGGGCUAGAGCAAGAAGAGCCAAUUAUUAAUCAGAGAAGAAAAAAGAAAGAAGAGGAGGAACUUUUUUCUCUUCUCUUCUCUUCAGCUUUAGGGGCUAAUAUGCAGUCAGCCAGCCAGUCAGUCAGUCAGACGGACUCUCUCAAACAGUGCCAGUCACAGUCACAGUCACAACUUGCUGAGCUGACCCAAGAACAGUACAUCCAUCAGCAGGCAAGCCAUCCCGCUUCCCCGGUGUUAGCUACUAUUGUUGCUAGGAUUUGCUGUAGAAGCUGUUUGAUGAGGGGUGAGUGCACUAAUGUAAAUGCGUUGGGUCCAAUGGUGAUGGAUCUUGUUUAUUCGGUACUGUAUGCGUACUCGCAAGCACAAAUGUCCGAUACUGAUAUUCUCGACACAUGGAGCAAGACAAAAUCCAUAUCCAAGUCAGUUGGAGAGUUCUCACACGUGUCGCAAGCAUACUGUACAUACAGCACCACGCCCUGGUCCUGGACACCUUGCGGAACCUGGAACCCGGUCGACGCAGUCGCCAUAGCUAUAGCUAUAGCAGACACACGAAGAUUGAGCCUUGAACCAUGGCCUUGUUCUGUGCGUGGUGCAGGGAUUCAUUUAUCUGCAUGUGCGCACACUAAGCGAGUUAGAGUUACUAUUUCCAAUAACGAGAAAUUGUCCACUAUCGGGGUUCUUUACUUUGCAGUCAAUCACUCACUCACUCAACAGUCGAGGUCGAGUUCGAGAAAUCACAAGUUCAAGCAAAGAAACACAACUCAACAUCCUGUGAAACACACAAUUUAUCAAUCAAUCAAUCAAGCAAGCAAGCAAGCAAGCAACUUUUACUUCAUUUCAGGUCCCAACGUGAUAUUAAUUAUCUCACGCAAAAAGGCUGGACUUGAACUUGUAUGUAUUGUAUACAUUCGGACUGGACAGAAAUACUACUACUACCACUACUACCUGCAAUCAGUCGGAAAUUUUGUUCUGUUCCUGGGGCUAAGGUAUACGCUGCACUGGUCCAAAUAUCGAUGCUUCGUCGGAAGGUUCCUAGGCUUGAUAUCCUUUUACGGUGCAUUCCACAGCUGCGAGUUAGUAAAUCGUAAAAGAAGGCUUGUGAGUCCUGUUUCACCACUACUUAGAAACAUUACGACAGCUUAUAGUGCCGGUUUAUAUCAUGAACUAGACGUACAAGACGUAUUUCAAUACAAAUGA